AUGUCUGCAGCCCCGCCUAAUGAAGCAGCUCCUCAGGGCAACCUGGAAUCCGUCCUGCAUCUCGAUGUUGACACGGCGAGCAAUAGUGAUAGCGACUCGGCAUUCGGCGGCGAAUCGACGGCAUCAACGUCUAUCGCAUCGACGAUUCUGAAUUACGAAUACUCGAAUGGGCGACGCUACCACGGUUAUCGUUCGGGUGCUUACAUCCUACCGAACGACGAACAGGAACAAGACCGCCUCGACCUUCUCCACCACAUUUUCCUGCUGAUCCUAGGCGGCAAACUCUACGAUGCGCCCAUCCCGGCCGCCCCCCAACGUGUCCUCGACAUUGGUACCGGCACUGGCAUUUGGGCCAUAGACUUUGCCGACGAGCACCCAGGCGCUCAGGUUAUAGGCACCGAUCUCAGUCCCAUCCAACCGACAUGGGUACCGCCCAACGUCAAGUUUUACAUUGACGAUGCCGAAUCCGAAUGGGUCUACAGUCCCGACGAGGCCUUUGACUUUAUCCAUUGCCGAACCAUGUCUGGUAGUAUUGCCGACUGGGACAAGCUGGUUCAGCAAACGUACACGCACACCAAGCCCGGCGGCUGGGUGGAGUUCCAAGAGCCGCUUGCGCUGUGUGAGUGCGACGACGGAACCAUGGACUUGGCAGUUGACAUGCUGAAGUGGCAGGACCUGUGUCACGAUGCCGCUAAAACGUGGGGGAGGGACAUCCGCGCAGGGAAUGCGCUAAAGCAGAAGAUGACGGAUGCGGGGUUUAUCGAUGUAACUGAAAAGCUUAUCAAGAUACCCAUCGGGCCCUGGCCCAAAGACGCGAAGAUGAAAGAAAUCGGCCGCUACCAACGCGAACACAUGUCCAUGGGCAUAGAACCCUACACACUCGGCCUGCUGGGCAAGGUCAUGGGCUGGAGCGAAUCCGAGUGCCGGGUCAUGAUUGCCAAAGUCGUUGCGGACAUCAGGAGAAGGGACGUGCAUAUGUAUAUCCCCUUUUACUUCAUACACGGACGAAAGCCAGAGUGA